ACAGUCAGCACUGUAGAUUCAGUAGCUCAAAAUGGCUAGGAAGAAAGGUGAACUAAUUUACAAAAUCUACCGAGCUUUUUCCUAUGGUCUAUCGCCGAUGAUAAAUCUCCACCUACGGUGGCGCAAAUUCCGAGGUCUCGAGCAUCCGAAACGGUGGACUGAGCGUUUCGGCCGCCCCUCGCUUCCUCGGCCCGCCGGACCUUUAGUUUGGUUCCACGCCGUCUCUUUAGGUGAAGGAAUGGCUGCGAUUCCGGUGAUAAAAUGCUGUUUAACGAGGAGGCCGGACGUUACUGUCUUGAUGACGUCGACGACGCUGUCAGCAUUUGAGGUCAUAAAGAAGGAGCUUCCAGCUAAUGUCAUAUAUCAGUUUGCCCCAGUUGAUGCCCCUGCUGCUGUGGAGGCUUUUCUUGGUUAUUGGAAGCCAAAUGCAAUCAUCCUAAUUGAAAGUGAACUUUGGCCUAACCUGAUUAUCGGUGCAGCAAAAGAGGGUAUUGCGUUGGCAUUGCUAAAUGCACGGAUGUCUGCUAAAUCUUUUCGCUAUUGGUCCUUACCAGUGGUUCUUCCUCUGGCUGCAUUCAUGCUCUCCAAAUUUUCAUUGAUAGUUCCGUUGAGCAAUAAACAGGCUAUUCAAUUUCAGCUGCUUCAAGCUCCGCCACUUGUCAUCAACUUUUCCGGAGACCUUAAAUAUGCCGUAGAAGACACCACCCUUGCAGGGGAUAAUGGUCUAGAAGAAUUGCAGGAACAGCUUAAACAUAGAAAGGUGUGGAUGGCUUCUUCAUUGCAUAGGGGUGAAGACAAGAUCAUGCUAAGAGUUCACAAGGCGCUGAAGGAAAUUUAUCCUGAUAUGCUCACUAUCAUUGUGCCUCGGCACCUGGAGGUCGGUCAAGAAAUUGUUCUGGAGUUGCAGAGAAAAGGAAUCAGUGUAGCAUUAAGGUCUCGUAGUGAUAAGCUUUCAUUAGGAACAGAGACAUAUGUGGUGGAUACAUUAGGUGAACUAAGGGAACUCUAUAGGUUAACUCCAAUAGCUGUAAUUGGGGGUUCUUUUUUGCCUGGUUUGGCUGGUCAUAAUAUUUCAGAAGCUGCUGUUGCUGGCUGUGCUGUUUUGACUGGUCAUUAUCUUGGCCAUUUCAACCACAUGGUACAAGAAAUGCAACGUCUAAAUCCUUCAUCGGUUCUGCAGGUUUCAGGAGACAUGCUUGUAGAAGCUCUCAUCGAGCUGUUUAGUGAUGCCGAACUUCUGGAAACACGACGUGCAGCUGCAAAACAAGCAUAUCAUGCUCUGUCAAAUGGUGUAGUUGAAAAUAUGUGGCGUUUAGUACAAUUCCACAUUUUAGAUAAAAGCGUGCCAAUGUAACUCUGCAAAGUUAGAUGUCAAACACUAAAAUUAGCCAGCCUCUUUCUCCCCAGUGCAGCUCGUCUUGAUGUUCGAUUCUGGGGGCAACGGGUGGGAUUCCCUUCCACUGCUCUCUCCCAACAUUGGAAGCUUCUAGCACCUGUAGUGAAUAAUUAAAAGGAGUAUUGAGGAUGAUUUGAACCAAUCAGGCUAUGUAGAAUACCUCCAUGAAGAAGCCUCUGAUAAUCUUUGAAAGCUAAUCAACCUUUCUUGUAGGACAAGGAGGUUGCAUUGCCAAAGACAUGACUGUGGGCAGAGAAUGAAAGUAAAAGUAAUUGCCCGAGGAUAAUUGAGAUUUGCAGAUGGAUAGAAAAUCUUCCUAUUAUCUUUGUACCCUGGAAGGAUUCAGCACCAUGGUCAAACCCACGGAUAUUCUUGUUGCGGCUGCAUAAUCGUGCCAGUGCAGAAGAAUCGGCAAAUAUUUAUAAUGGGAAAGGGGCCAGAACGGUGUGCCAACAUUUUAACAAGUGGUAACUUGUAAAUUAACUACUUGUACAACUUCAUAUUUAGUUACUAUUUACGUGAAACUCAAACAUAAUAAUUGUAUCUAUUUAUGAGACUGUACAAGUAAUUAACAAUACAUUACAACUUGUUUAUAAAAUGUCAUACCA